AUGCCGACAUGCAUCAGGAAGCCAACAGACAGCCAGAGCUUGAAGGCGUGGAGCCUGAGCUGCAGUGACGACGACAACUUGGGUGUCAGGUGCAAAAACUGCAGUUCAAAGUGUUCAACCAAGUUACACGAUAUUCAGGUCCAAAGGUUUUCCGUCCACUGCAUGGCUGGCUACGAGUGGCUGGCCGACGGGGUGCUCGGCGAGGUCGAAGCCGCUGCGUACUGGACUGCCGUCGCGCCAAACGUCGAGGAGUAUGGCAGCGCCGUGGCCAGGUCCAACGCUUCCGGCGCCGAGAACGUGGCCAAGGGGAUCAUGUGGUGCGGGGUGAUGACCGUGGACAGGCUCCGCUGGCGGAACGAGGUGCUCCGAAAGAGGAUUCAAACCGGCGAUAAUGAGGCCGAGGUCUGCCCGGAGAUGCUCAGGUGUAUCAAAAGGUAG